CCCCAAAAGGUUCAUUUUACCUCCCUCACCUCGACUGCUCGUCUUGUAAUCUCCUCCAUCGUUUUAAUCUCCAUUACCGAGCUCUCUUCCCUAUCCAACUUCAAAAUUAGAAUCAGGCAAUCGCAUAUAAGAAACACAACCAUCAAUACAUACUAAACUCGAAAUUAAAAGUACGUUGACAACUCUUAAAAUACAAUUUUUUAGAAGUUAUUUUAUUUAAAAAUUGGGGAUAUACUUGUUAAGAUGAAUUUUUGUGGUGAAAUUUUAAUAUUAAUUGGAGGAAGGUGGAAGGAGCGAAAAUUAAAGCUUCCCUUCGUUCCAGACUUCCAGUUAUACUUUCCGGCUAAACCCUAGAAUCCGAGUUCUUGUGCGGAAAUUCCCAAAUAUAAACCACCAACUCCUCAGCUCCCGAAGAGAGCAGCAGGAAUCCAUCCAACAAUGGCGGAAGUCAAAGAACCUAGCGAGCCCACAUUGCCCGCCAAAAGGAAGCAAUUCGAUCCCCUAAUCCCAGAUAAAGACGAACUGGAUCAACCUAACAAGACACAGAAGACUCAAUCCUCCAAUAGCAACAACGGUGAAUUGUCGCCCACCGAGGCAGAAAACGCCUCCGGCAACGACGGCGGUCAGGAUUUCGCGCCAAGUUUCUCAAUUUGCGAGGAGGAGGGUGCAGGGAAAGCUGACGAAAUCAAUGGAAUUGAGGUCGGCAAAGAAGAAGAAGACGAGGAGGAGAAUGAAGAAGCUGCGGUGGUGGAUAGAAAGGGGAAAGGGAUUAUGAUUGAGGAGGAAGAGGAGGAUAGCGAUAGCGUUGAUGACGACGAUGAUUCGAGUGAUGACGACGACGGGAGUGAGAAUGGAGGAGGCGAUGAUGACAGUGAGCUAGAGGAUGAUCCGUUGGCGGAGGUUGAUUUGGACAACAUUCUUCCGUCGAGGACGCGGCGGCGUGGUGUGCAGCCUGGCUUCUACAUCGCUAAUGCUCCAGGGAUUGCCGACGAGGAUGAUAGCGAUGAUAGUGACGCAUGAUUGGAAAGGCAAGGUUAGUAGUCGAGGAAUAGCUUUUGAGUAGCUGCUGAAUUUGGGAGGGGGAGUUAGUGAUUAGUUCCAAUGACUUCAUUCUGUGACAAUAGAAGCUAUUUAUGGUUUAAUUCAAGUCAAUGUUGUAACUUUCGGUUAGCUAUAUCACCUAUUGGGUUUAUCAAUUGAACCAUGCAUUUCCUGUUAGAGCAGGGUUUCUUUUUCCAUCUGCAGUUUUUUUUACUGAAUGUGUUUCUUGCCAAGGCAGAGCAACACCUGUAUGGAUAAGGUGAUUUUGCCUGAUUGCUCUCUAUGCUCCAGGCCUCCUGAAGAUCUGUAUUGGUUUUAUUUAGGAACAAGAGAGCAAUGAUCUUAAGUUAUAGUACAAAUCACAUGAUGCACUACCUUUUGCAGCUUCAAAGCAAAGCCAAACUCGCUAUGCUUUCCCUCAUUAAAUGUAUUGGAGAUAAAUGCCUAGAACAGAAUGGGUCUGAUACUGAAACCUGAUAAUGCAUCUGGCCCUGCAUUAUCAUAAUUCAUGACUAGUUUUGGAGUCCUCUGAGGGGAUUUGCUUCAAUGGGUUCUUUUAUAGCCAUGACAGGUUUACGUUCUGAAGUUGACAGUGAGCUGAGGCAGUUCAUGCUCUUGUGGAAUGUGGAGAAACAAUACAUGCAGCGAAUACUGACGUGCACCUGCUCUGUGAAGAGUAAUAUUUCUCGAGUUUACUCAAAUUGAAUUUUAAGCCAAGUAACUGUCUACUUGCUGGUAUAUCUUGUUUCAGACAUCCUGGUGGGUUUUGUGCUAGUGCUCUAUCUUGAUGCAUAUGGUUGAAAAGGUUCUUUAGUUUCUGCUUGGGAAUAUUCUUUGCCGCUUGUGACCGAUUUUGUAUCGUGGAGGAUUCUCUUCGCUGGGGUGCUGCUGGGUUAGCUUGGAAAGCAGGUCUUCUUCUGCAUAUGACACAAGAUACUUUAUGUCUCCUUAUAUGGUGUGUUGUUUCUACCCUGAAAUACUUAUCUGCACUUCCUGUGAUGGAUCUAACUGCCUCUAGAAUAACUAUAGGCCUAGUUAAGAUCUCUCAGUUCAUUUCUAUAGAAACAAGAGAACCAUGAGAACCAUGUUCUUAAGUUGUUGCAUGACUCACAUUUUGCCCUUUGCGAUACCCUACCCUGUGAAGCGGAAGCAGAAUUUAUUUGGUUUUCCCUCAUUAAUUGUGUUGGAGAUAGCGUGGAGAUUACACACCGUGGGAAAAUGUCCAAUAGUAGAGGGAUUUCCCAAAGCAGUCUCAAAGUGAACCCCGAUAAUGUAUGGUUCACUCCUCUAUUUGAAUUAAUGAUUUGUUGGUGA